AUGGAUCUGAAUCGAACUUUACGCAUCGUUUCUGCUGUUUUCAUGGUGUUGAUUCAAUUUGCUUCCGGUAACUUCGUGUUUAAUGUAACGCAUAAGUUCGCCGGUAAGGAGAAACAGUUAUCUGAGCUCAAAUCUCACGAUAGUUUCCGUCACGCUCGUAUGCUUGCGAACGUCGAUCUCCCUCUCGGUGGCGAUAGUCGCGCUGAUUCCAUCGGUUUAUACUUCACCAAAAUCAAGCUCGGGUCUCCACCAAAGGAAUACUAUGUUCAAGUUGAUACAGGGAGUGAUAUACUUUGGGUCAAUUGUGCACCUUGUCCCAAAUGUCCUGUGAAAACUGAUCUCGGUAUACCUUUAUCAUUGUAUGACUCAAAAGGUUCCUCCAGUUCAAAGAAAGUUGGCUGUGAAGAUGAUUUUUGCUCGUUUAUUAUGCAAUCGGAAACUUGUGAAGCCAAGAAAAAGCCAUGUAGUUAUCAUGUGGUGUAUGGAGAUGGAAGCACAAGUGAUGGGGAUUUUGUGAGGGAUAACAUUACUCUUGAACAAGUUACUGGUAAUCUUCGAACUGCACCCCUCGCGCAGGAAGUAGUAUUCGGUUGUGGAAGUAAUCAGUCUGGACAACUUGGGCAGACUGAUUCAGCAGUUGAUGGAAUUAUGGGUUUUGGACAAUCAAAUACCUCUAUCAUUUCACAACUAGCUGCCGCGGGAGAUGUGAAGAGAAUUUUUUCACAUUGCUUGGACAAUAUGAAUGGAGGUGGGAUUUUUGCUAUUGGAGACGUGGAAUCUCCAGUAGUGAAAACAACUCCUUUGGUUCCUAAUCAGGUACAUUACAAUGUUAUCUUGAAGGGAAUAGAUGUGGAUGGUGAUCCUGUCGACCUUCCACCAAGUCUAGCUAGUUUUGGCGGGAAUGGAGGAACCAUAAUUGACAGUGGUACAACUUUAGCUUACUUACCACAAACUCUGUACACCUCACUAAUUGAAAAGAUUACUGCUCGGCAACCGGUGAAACUGCACAUGGUACAGGAGACUUUUGCGUGUUUCAGUUUCACUUCAAACACAGAUAAAGCGUUUCCGGUAGUCAAUCUUCAUUUUGAAGACUCACUCAAACUGACUGUUUAUCCGCACGAUUAUCUUUUCUCACUUCGUGAAGAUAUGUAUUGCUUUGGUUGGCAAUCUGGUGGAAUGACAACUCAGGACGGAUCCGAUGUGAUCCUUUUGGGAGAUUUGGUACUUUCAAACAAGUUAGUAGUAUAUGAUCUGGAGAAGGAGGUCAUUGGAUGGGCAGAUCACAACUGUUCGUCAAGCAUCAAAGUGAAAGAUGGAGCUGGAACGUCGUACUCACUCGGAGCAGACAAUCUCAUAUCAUCAUCGGAUUCUUCAGUGAUGAACGGAACAUUUGUAACAUUAUUGUCAAUACUAAUUUCGGUUUUCUAUUGUUUUACUUCAUAA